CCAAGGGUACUCAUCGUUGGAGCCGGCAUAGCUGGACUUGCCCUUGCGCAGGGACUGAAGAAGGCAUGAAUCUCGUUUCUUGUUUUCGAGAGAGACGAAUCCUCAUCCAGUCGCGCUCAAGGAUGGGCUCUCACCAUCCACUUCAGUCUGCCGCUAUUGCGGGACUUCCUUCCUAGCGAACUUGCGAAUCGCCUACACACAACCCGGAUAGAUCAAACCGCGGGACACGACCAGAGUCAUUCUACAUUCAUGAAUCUUAAAACUUGCACUCCCAAGUGGUCUCUACCCCCGACGUACGGCGAUCGCAUGCGAGUUGUUCGAGGACGACUCCGUGACAUGCUCAUGGAAGGAAUCGAGGAGCGAAUCCUAUGGGGCAAGAAGCUAUCGUCGUUUGAAGUUGAGAAGAAUGGUGUUGAGGUACAAUUCAAUGACGGAAGUUGUUAUAGUGGAGAUCUUCUCGUGGGAGUCGACGGCUGUCAUUCGACCGUGCGCUCACUUCAGUACGGGGCGCCGCUUUCUCAGCCUACGCCUAUCCCGGCGUGCUUUCUUGGUACCGAGGCACUGGCCAAUGAGUCCCAGAUGAAACCGCUCCUUGCGCUGGAUAAAACCCUCUUCCAAGGAUGUCAUCCGUCAAGCCCUGCAUGGAUGUGGUUCUCCGUCAUGGAACGCCCGAACCCUAAUGUUUCCGCUGUGGUGGACCCUGUAUGGCGUGUUCAAAUAUGUCUCUCGUGGCUUUCCCCUACCGGACACGCGGAUAUUCCUAGAACAGAUGGCGGGCGCAUUGACUUGAUGAGGCAAAAAUCGACGGAUUUUCAUCCUACGUUCAAGAAAAUCUUCCAUGAGAUUCUGUCUGAUAGUCACGGACCAGUUAUUAACGUUCCGUUGGAGUUUUGGUGGCUGCCACAUGCAGAGUCGCUCGGCAAAUCCAAGGGGCGAGUCACGUUGGCAGGCGAUGCAGCGCAUACCAUGCCUCUAUAUCGCGGAGAGGGUUUCAACCACGCCCUGAUGGAUGUUAACAAUCUCCUUCGUGCAAUCGAUGCUAUCCUUUCGAAUGAGGCAGAUAGAGAGCGCAUCCUUCACGAGUAUGAGGAAGAGGUUCGCGCGCGUGGUCAAAGAUCUGCAUUGAUGUGCCGGGAUGCUUGUCUCGAGGUACAUCAGUUUGAUAAGCUUGGGGCUCACUCUGUUGUUCGGCAAAAAGCCUUCACUUAGUACGGAGGCCUUCAGCCAGUGAAAAUUGUGAUACUUGGGGUUGG